CAUUGUUUAUAUUUCCCUUUCAUUUGGGCCUGACAAUUGCGGCGUCUCUGCCUUGCGAAAAGAAAAAAAAAACAUCAGCGGCGACGCUGACUGUAGUAAGAUUUUCAUUUCACCUUUGUGCAUUUCGCUGUUGUAGAAAGAAAUAUAUCUUUAUACAAAAUUAAUUCGAAUACAUUUAAAAAAUUGCUCAAGAAUUCAAUUGUUAACGUGUGUAAGCAUCCAAAGAAAGCACAGAGUUAAAGGAGAUUGAUAAGCGGAAUGCAUUAAUUUACAAACAAGUAGACGAGCUAGUCUCGUUUUGGUAGACUGGUUAAUAAGUCUAGUCAGGAAGGGAACGAGAAAGUGAAGGAGCGGAAAGACAAGUCUGUAUACGGUGUGCAAAAAUUUGUUUGCUGCGGGGUGGCGACUGCUGCAUAAGGAAGUUUGUAAGUGAGUUAUCGUACAAACGGUGGUAAUGGAAGCAGAUUUUCAUGCUUUUGCUGAAUCACUCUACGCUUCCUCCGAAGAAGAAGAUGAUUUUUCAACGGUUGAAGAUAGUUCCGAUGAUUCGGAUGGUGCUAGCAGUGGUGGGCAGCAACAAAUAUGUUCUACAAAGCUUAUAUUCGAUGCAAAUAGCAACCCAAAAAAUUUGGUGCACAAAAUUUGUAAUAGAGAGCGAACUAAUAAUAUUUCAGGAAAAACCGGUUCCGCACGUGCAAUGCAUUGCGCUUUCGAUCAAGUGCCAAAUAGAUUAAGAUUUUGCCUCAAGGAUAUUGUACCGAAGUGCUUCCUACAAGGACACAUGUUUAUGGGCCUUAGCGCCUGUGGACAAUUCCUACUAAGCUAUAAAGUUUGCUGCAAUGACAAUAUUAUGGCCAACCACUAUUCUUUUGGUUAUGGCUAUAAGUAUACCCUGUACUUUUGGGUCUACCAACCGCACAAACCACUACGGAGUUUCUUCAAGUGCUGUCUCUUUGACGAUCAUGGUGUUGACAAUCUUAAGAAAGUUACAAUGACUCAGUGGAAGUGUUCCGAUCCUCGCAUACUCAUUGUACAUGGCGCUGCGGAAAAUGAGAAUGAAGAUUCUUAUAUAACCUACGUAAAAGUUCCUAAACUCGGUUGUUUGGAUUGUAGAAAAUUGCGAGAUAAUGAAGAUAGUACAUACUUUCGUUGGCAUAUGCUGUGCCUGAAGUGCAACCUAACAAUACACACUAAGUAUUCUUCAACAGAGUCCGAUCCAAAAUUUCAAUCGCAUAUAAACCUCAUUUGCCCCGAACGUAUUUUGAUUGUAUCCAACGGGUUUAUGCAUAUGAUGCACAUUGAGUUAAUGCCUGCUGCAGGUGCAACCAGCACUCAGUCGCAACCUACACAACAGCAACAUCAACUACCCAAUAUUUUAUCUAGUCGUAGCACACCGUGCCAUGAGUCUUCAGGGUUAAGCACAUUCGGCAUGGAACGUCGUAUACUGCCACUCACUGCCGAUGAGCAGGCCAGUUGUGAUAAUCACAAUAACGUUAUCGCCCGUAUUAUUGCCGAUUUUAGUGAUAUUGAGACGGAUUCAACGCAUUCUAGCGAAACUCCUACACGUGCGUCACAAAGUGAAGCAUCUAUAACCUCACCGGGUUCGGCUGUGACAUUUAUUUCCCGUAAAACAUAUGAUGAAGUCAUAUUCACCUGCAGUGGCAGCGCUUCGACGAAUACUGGUGUAGCUUCGACUAGCAGUGCUGCAAAUAACGUUCCCCGAACAGCUGAAACUGCAGCGAACACUGCAAUGACUGGUAUAAAUAGUAGCCCUGGUGGCGGCGGCGGCGGCACAGCACGUUUCAGUUUGAUUAAUCAUCGUGGCAGACGUCAUCAUCGUAUUGUCACAAAAUCCUUCCGCAACGGCGUCACCACCAUUGAUUUGCAGACAACAAUGCCCACAACCACAAGCCCAGCUGUUUCUGCCACCAUGGCUGAUCGUCUGAAUGCAUAUGAAUUUACUGAGGAUAAUGAGAAAUGUGAAAAGAUUUCGACAUUGCGUAAGCGUCGUUUAGCUGAUAAAAAGUAUGAAUUUUCCGAAGACAAUUCCGAAAAUAUUGUGCCGUUUACGAAGAUACGUUCCGCAAGCAAAAAUCUUACCAUGUCUCAUUACACCGCAUCGUAUGGCAGCAGCGGUUCACGUUCACUACAUCGCUCAGCCACCACAACGGCGGCCAGUGGCACGCAUCACUUCUACAAUUCACCUGGCGUUUCACCAUCAUCGUCACCACGUCCAUCACACGCUUCACCGUCCAAUUACGGCGAUGCGCGCCACUGCACGCCACCGCCCAUACAUCGUGUCUCGCCCAUAACAUCACUACAGCAGGGUUUUCGUUCGCCACCUUGCAGCUCACCGGUGGCAGGUGGUGGUCUCAUACGAUCUCCCAGUCGCCAUGUCACAUCAGCACACAUUUACGGCUCCAUUUCACCGCCACAAACCAUCUCAACAGCCACCCAACAAAUGUUAAGUUUCAAGCCGUUAGGUACUUUAUCACCAUUGCAAGUAUCGCUGGCCAAACGUCAUCUGGACUUGAGUGGUGCGAUGUCACCGAAUGCAAAUGCGCCAUACCUGUCGCCGCGACGAGAAGAGAAUCGUGUGGUAGAGUUGCCGUUACAUCCGGGCGCAGUGACUGAGAAACCGCUAUGUACGAAAAAAUUCAAACGACGAUUUGUUGAAGAGGACGAUGCUGCUUCGGUUAUAACCAGUGAAGAGGAUGACUGCAUUUCGCCCGGUUACCAUACAUCGCUGCCUGUUGAGGUGCACGGCUCCUGCUAUUCGGAAAUGCAAAUGGUUUCCCAAGCCACAUACCAAAAACUGAACUGUCCCAGCGUCGUGAUUACGCAACACUCUUUCGAUUUGGAGACAUUCACAUACUAUACCAUAAGCGCAUUGUGUCAGAAAAAUGAGAAAACCUAUGAUGUCUUCUAUGACUGGGCCUGCGAGUUGAUCAGGGUUUGUCCGCUAAGUCAGACGAUUAUUUGUUUGCUUAUGGCUCAAUUCACCGCACGUGAUCAGUUGCCAACUUCGCCAACAAAUUGUCUGAAUUGUUCGCUUAAAUUGGAUUGUAUUUAUCAUCGGCGACAAUUUGAAUGUCGCAUUCUGUUCACAUGGAAUAUGGAGAAUGGCGAAUGGGAGGUGCUGGACUAUGGUGAGCUGCACGAGUGUAAACAAUCCGAUUUGAUAAGUCCAAUAAAACGUUGUGGCCGUAUGCCGGUUACACUAGCGCAGACAGCUAAAAGUCUCGCAAAAGAAAUGUCAUUAAGCCUGAGUAAAAUAGAACAGAAUUAUACAAGUAAUCUGCGUGUACUCGACUCGAAUAUUAAAAAAUCUAAAUUGAGUUUAUCCGAUCAUGACAAUGCCAUAGAGUUGUGUUUGAAGCGACCACGCGGCAGUAAUGAUAAUGAUGAUGUUUAAAUGGCAUAACAGCAACAGUAUGAUAUAACGAAUUGCUGUUUAAGUUGGUAUAAUUAAUUAAUAUAUACAUACGUACAUACAUACAUAUAUGUAUAUAUUAUAUACUUUGAGACUGAACGUUGGAUGUUGAUGUCGGCUGGACGAAAAGCGCUCUGGAAGCAUUAGCCAAAAUGCUCAAGUCAUAUAUUUAUUUUAAAAAAGUACUAAAAAUACUACAUACAUACAUAGUUUCAAACGUAUAAAAAGACUAUAUAAAAAUGAAAAAAAUGCACUAUGCUGUAAUACUUUUACCAUAAAUUAGGCUAAUAGAUAUGAAUAUAUACAUAUUAUAUUUAAAUUUGAAUUGUAAUCUUGUGAUUUGUUUUCCUUUUGUUUGCUACAACACGAAUUUUUCAAUACUUUUAUUUGUAAACAUAUUUUGCGAAAAUGUAAAAACGUCUAAAGAGGUCGGUUUUCAAUUGGAGCAGAAGUUUUCUGUAAGAAGCGAAGUAUAUUAAUAAUAAACUGUGCCAGAGAGAUACUGAUAAUUUUGCAAAAAGUGUGCUAAAAAAAAUUGAGCAUAUUUUGCCGCACAAAUAAAUGUUCUUUUUCAUAAAAAAAAAACUAAAUAAGUAAAAAAAUGUGAAUUUUUUCGU